GGCCUAAUACUCUCUCAAGGUUUGGUUUGGUCUUCACCAAAGCUUUGUUCUCUCUUCUUCAAAGCCUUCAAUAAUCCUCCAACCUGAUAUCAUGAGCUCCGACUGUAAAAUAGCCAGUGCCGUCGGCGGCAAGACAGCUAGAGCCUGUGACAGUUGCCUAUGCAAUCGCGCCCGUUGGUACUGUGCCGCCGACGACGCUUUCCUCUGUCAAGGUUGCGACAGUUCAGUCCACUCUGCAAAUCCAUUAGCUCGUCGCCAUGAAAGGGUUCGACUCAAGACUGCAUCACUUAAGCCCACCAUUGAAGAUAGCAUUGAGAAUUCUCUCCCAUCAUGGCACCAGGGCUUCACCCGAAAAGCUCGAACCACUCGAUAUGCCAAGUCAACCAUGAAGCCACCAAAGGCUAAAGAAUCCAUGAUGCCUUUAAACCUCCUCCCUCUGGUCCCCGAGAUGGGUAGCGAUGAAGCCUCACCGAACGAGAAUGAAGAGCAGCUUCUUUAUCGUGUCCCAAUCUUCGAACCUUUGGUUGCAGAACUUUGCACUUGUACAACAUCCAAUGAAGCAACAGAGACUACUACUACUACUACUAAUGUGGCUACUGCAGUUCUUGCCGUUGAAAGCGAAUCUAAGAAUUUGUUGCCAAUAGAUGUGGAAAACUUACCAGGGUUUCUACCGUCCAAUAUGGAUCUUGAGGAGUUCGCAGCUGAUGUGGAGAGUUUACUUGGUCGAGGUCUCGAUGAGGACACGUUUGGCAUGGAAGGGUUGGGACUAUUGAGUGCUAAAGAGGAAGAGACAACUAUGGAAACUAUGGAGAGCGGAUUUGGAAAUGGUAGGGUGAAGGUCGAGGAGGAGGAAGACGGAGAUGAUGUUGUUGGAUGCCACGUGGAUCUAGAGGUUGAGAUGGGAAGAGAAACACUGGACUUGAACUUUGAUUGUGAAUCGCCGACUAUCGCUGAGGAGGAAGAGGAGGAGAAAGUUGGUGGUGUAGCAGAGCAUGGUGGAGGGUCAACCAUGAUGGUGAAGAUCAACGGUGGAUAUAACUUGAAGCUGGAUUACGAGGCGGUCAUUGCCGCUUGGGCCUGCCAGGGUUCGCCGUGGACCACCGGCGACAGGCUCCAACUCAACCCGGACGACUGCUGGCCCGACUGCCCAGUAAGCUUCCAUUAUACAUCUCUGAUUUAUCAUAAUGAUUUUCAAUCCACAGCUAUGGGAGGAGGAGGAGGAGGACAGGGGGCGAUAGGAGAUGGAGGGAGAGAGGCAAGAGUGACGAGAUACAGAGAGAAGAGAAGGACGAGGUUGUUCUCUAAGAAGAUUAGGUACGAGGUGAGGAAACUCAACGCAGAGAAGAGACCAAGAAUGAAAGGUCGAUUCGUUAAGAGGGCUUCAUUUGGUGAAUCUGGUUUUCCCUUCUGAGCCAGUGUAGUCACGUACUGAUUUCACUUUCCAACUCACCGUGUUUUCUCUUUUCCAGGGAAUGUAAAUAAUAAUCAAUAUCCACGGUUAGUGAGUUAGGGCAAUUGAAAUUGUUGCCUCAACUUCCACAAUUGUGGAGCUAAAUAAUGUUUCAGCUUA